GCAGGAAGUGUUCGCAUUGCCCCGCAGCGCGUAGCCCGGGGGUGAAGGCGACACGGCGAGCGCGCACGGCUCCAAACCCACCCCGGGGUGGGUGACGCUCAUCGCAUAGUCUCGGGGCACCCCCUUUGUGUGCGCCCCCGUGUGUCACCAGCACGCAGCCUCCCACCCGAAGCAAAGGAACCGGCGGGGGGGGGUUGCGUUAAGUCGAAGAUCCCCGCCGCCACCGCGCACCACGAUGUGGCGGCCCCCCCCCAAGCAGCAGAGCGCCAACUCCGUGCUGAGCGAGCUCCGGCUGGGCUCCGUGCUCACGCUGUUCCGCCGCUCCGCCCGGCCCGAGAAGCGGACCCUGCAGGUGGACAUGCGGAGCCGCCAGGUGGUGUGGAGCCGCACGGUGGAGCGCGUCGAGGGGAAAGUCGACAUCCGCGAGAUCAAGGAGAUCCGCAAUGGGAAACAGUCGCGGGACUUCGAGCGCUGCGGAGACGACAUCGACGACUCGCUGUGCCUCGUCAUCUUCUACGGCAGCGAGUUCCGCCUCAAGACGCUCAGCCUCGCCAGCCAGCAGGGAGGCACCGUGGAUAGGAAAGAGGUGAACAAGUGGAUGAACGGCCUCAAGUUCCUCAUGGAAGACUGUGCCAAGGCCCCAACGUCCAUCCAGACUGAGUGGUGGCUGCAGAAACAGUUCAUCCCCCUGCAGAAGCCAAGCACCAAGUGCAUCACAGAGAAGGAGCUCAAGAUGAUGCUGUCCCAGUUGAACUACAAAGCAACGAACCCCAAGGUGCUCAAAGAUCGGAUCAGGGCCGUGGAGACCAAGGACGGGACGAUUUCGUUCGAGAAGUUCUCCCAGUUCUACGUCAACCUCCUGUUCGACGAGCAGAAGUCGAUCUUGCCGCAGAUCACGGACCGCAGCGACCAGCCCACGGUGUCGUUCGUGCUCCGGGACACCAUCACCAUCAUGGACUUCCAGCGGUUCCUCUUGUUCGACCAGAAGGAGGCGUGGGCGGCCGACCUGCAGCGAGUGCGGAACUUCAUGAACAAGGUGCUGCCGGACCCCAAGCGCAGCCAGGACGGGGCCUACUUCAAACCCCACGAGUUCCUGGACUUCCUCUUCUCAUGGGAGAACAGCGUGUGGGACCAGCAGUUGGAGCAGCUCCACCCCGAGGACCUCAACAACCCCCUCUCUCACUACUUCAUCUCCUCCUCACACAACACGUACCUGACGGGGGACCAGAUCUCCAGCGAGUCGUCCACGGAGGCGUACGCACGCUGCCUGCGCAUGGGAUGCCGCUGCAUCGAGCUGGACUGCUGGGAUGGGCCGGACAACAUGCCCAUCAUCUACCACGGGCACACGCUCACCACCAAGAUCGGCUUCUCGGAUGUCGUGUUCACCAUCAAGCAGCAUGCCUUCACCACCUCCGAAUUCCCGCUCAUCCUGUCCAUCGAGCAGCACUGCAGCUUGGCCCAGCAGCAGGUGAUGGCCGACAUCUUCCGCAAGGUGUUUGGGGACAUGCUGCUGACACGGCCGCUGGAGACGCACGGCGACGAGCUGCCCUCGCCCAGCCAGCUCAAGGGCAAGAUCAUCAUCAAGCAUAAAACCAUCGACCACCAGCUGUCGGAGGACCAUUCCAGCUCGGAGUACGACAUCAGCGACUCGAUAAAGAACGGCAUCAUGUACCUGGAGGACCCCCUGUACAAGGAAUGGAAUCCGCACUUCUUCGUGCUGACGAGCAACUGCCUCUACUACUCGGAGGAGACGUCGCUCAACGCGAGCAAAGACGAGGAGCAGGAGGAGCAGGCCAAGGAUGAGGGGAGCGGCCACGAGGAGUUGCACUUCUCCGAGUCGUGGUUCCAUGGCCGCAUGGCGGGCGGCCGCAAGGAGGCCGAGCGCCUGCUGAAAAAGUUCUGCGCGGAGAGCGCCGAGCAGGACGGGGCGUUCCUGGUGCGCGAGAGCGAGCGCUUCCGCGGGGAGUUCUCCAUCUCCUUCUGGUACGCGGGCCGCGUGCAGCACUGCCGCAUCCACAGCCAGCGCGACGUCAACGGCGAAGUGGUGAGCUACUCGCUGCUCGAGAACCUCCCGUUCGACUCGCUGUACAACCUCGUGGCCUACUACCGCCAGGUGCCGCUGCGCUGGAAGGAGAUCGAGAUGCAGCUCUCCGAGCCGGUGCCGCAGCCCAAUGGUCACGAGAAGAAGGACUGGUACCACAGCGGGAUGAGCCGCGGGGAGGCCGAGUUCAUGCUGAUGCGAGUCCCGCACGACGGCGCCUUCCUGGUGCGCAAGCGCAGCGAGCCGGGCUCCUUCGCCAUCACCUUCCGCUCGGAGGGCAAGAUCAAGCACUGCCGCGUGCAGCAGGAGGGGCGGCUCUUCCUGCUGGGCAGCUCGGCCGAGUUCGAGAGCCUCGUCGAGCUCGUGUCGUACUACGAGAAGCAGCCGCUCUACCGCAAGACGCGCCUCCGCUACCCCAUCAACGAAGAGACGCUGCAGAAGCUCGGCACCGAGAUGGCCGAUCUCAACAGCCUCUACCGCUCCGACAGCCUCUACGUCACCGCGAACAACACCACCAAACCCGCGGGAGUCAUGGUGAAGACGCUGUACGACUACCAGACGGAGCGUAGUGACGAGCUCUCCUUCCUGAGAAACGCCAUCAUCCGCAACGUGGACAAGCAGGAUGAGAGCUGGUGGAAGGGCGACUACGGCGGCAAGAAGCAGUUGUGGUUCCCCUCGAACUACGUGGAGGAAGUGGCGAAUCCGCUCGCCCAGCAAGAGGAGACGGACGGCAGCAACCCACUGGGGAGCUUGCAGAAGGGCACCAUCGACAUCCCCACCACGCAUAUCACCGUCCACCAGCAGGGCAAGGGCAGCCAGCGCUGCGUCUUCACCAUCGAGGCGAAGGUCAUGCAGCCGGUGGUGCGGCCGCUGGACGUGGCCGUGACGAGCCAGGAGGAGCUCUUCUCGUGGGUCACCAAGAUCCGCGAGACCGCCAACCACGCUGGCAUCCGGAUGCACACGUGCAUGGAGGAGUCGCGGCGCCGCAAUGUGGCUCUGCAGAUGUCGGAGCUCGUGGUGUACUGUCGCCCGGUGCCCUUCGACAAGGAGAAGAGCAGCUGCCGCGACAUGUCGUCGCUCAACGAGAGCAAGGCGGAGAAGGUGUCCGCGGGGGCCCGGGCGCGCGAUUUCCUCGCCCACAACGCCCGCUACCUGAGCCGCAUCUACCCCAAGGGGCAGCGCAUCGACUCCUCCAACUACGACCCCGUGCCCAUGUGGCUCUGCGGCACCCAGAUGGUGGCGCUCAACUUCCAGACGCCCGACAAGCCGAUGCAGCUGAACGAGGCGUUCUUCUGCAUGAACGGCCGCAGCGGCUACCUGCUGAAACCCGAGUGCAUGCUGGACCCCGGAUUCAACCCACGCGACAGCUUGACCCUGCGGCCCGAGCAGGGCAUCAGCAUCCAGCUCAUCCUGUACGGGGCGAGGCGCCUGCCCCGGAGCAGCCGGAGCAUCAGCAACCCGUUUGUGGAGGUGGAGAUAUGCGGUGCCGAGUUCGACUCCAACAAGUUCAAGACCGAGGUCGUGCCCGAUAACGGGCUGAGCCCCACGUGGGCCGUGCGCUCCAUCAUCUUCGACGUGCUCUUCCCGGAGCUCACCUUCCUGCGGUUCGUCGUCUACGAGGAGGACAUAUUCAGCGACUCCAACUUCCUGGCGCAGGCAACGUUCCCCGUGCGCGGCCUCAAGACAGGAUUCCGCUCCGUGCCGCUCAAGAACGGCUACAACGAGGACAUCGAGCUGGCCUCUCUGCUCAUUCACAUCGACAUCAGCAGCUUAAAGGAGGAGGACAACGGCGAGCUGUACUCGUCGAUCCAGCAGCUGCGCGCGCGCACCAACCAGCUGUCGCACGAGGUAGACCUGGGCGAGAGUUCCAUGGAGCGAGCCGGGGGGCGCCCGCCCGCUAACUACGAGCAGGGCCUGCAGGAACUCUACGCCACACAGAGCCGGCUCAUGGAGCUCACGGCCACGCGCAGCCAGAGGCUGCGCGCAAAGGAGCAGAAAAAAAAGUCUCAGCAAAAGGACGUGGACUCCUACGCUCCCCACUGAGGGUGACCUCUGCCUGGAGCGCGGUGGCAUUGCCUCCUCAGUCGAGCUGCCCUCUCCCGCAAAGCUGUCCCUCACACACACACAUGUCGCCUCGCCCACGUUGCCUCACCUACUUCUUCACACCUACCUUUUCACACUCACCUCCCCUCACCUCCCUCUCCUCAUGUACUUCCUCACACCCACCUCCCCACAGAUGCCCUCCUCACAGCUACACAAACUUUCAAGACAAGGACAUGCAGCACCAAAGCACUUGUAUGUUUAUUAAAUGUUUAGUUUUACGUUAGGGGAAUAAAAUGUGAAACACAGUUUGUGAGGUAUGCAAGUCAGAGGGAGUGCAAGGGAAUCUCUGUCGUUUGGUCGAGAUGUACACUCUGUUGAACGUUGCGCUAGACGAGAGAUCGAGCAUCUCAAAGCAUGUGCUUUUGUCGUGGCUGCAGAUGCUUGGCUCUGUUUUCACAGUGGUGUAGCUAUCGAGUGUGCAGGCGGUGCAAUCGCACUGGGGCCCCCGCAGGUGGGAAGGAGCCCGCAUGCCGGGGCUACGAAGAGGAGGGAGGAGAAUUGGCCAGGGGGUAGCCCGAUAUUCUUUUGUUUUGCACCAGGGAUUGUGCCAACCACGCUAGGCCACUGCAUGCAAUUGUUCCAGUUGGAGGCCCACGUCUUACCUCACAAAUUGCCUGCUGGUGCUUGCGUGCACAACGUCACGUCAUGCCGGCAGCAGCACCGUCACAGAAGACCUAUAUUGUUGUUGUCAGCUUCUUCCCACUUCCUCAAGGCCCAUUCCCCACGUGUUCAGCAGCUGUGUUGAUUGGCCGUGCACCCCCCAAGGGGCAGUGGCCACAGUCAAGUGUCUUGCCUCUUCUCUACAGGGAUGGGCAGGACGUCAGGUCGCACAGUGUUUAAGGUCACUAUUUGCGGGAGAUGGCCAAACGGCUCGUAGGUCAGAGCGCUGAGCUGGCAACCGCUGAAAUCCUGGGUUCAAACCCAGGCGCAGCUGCCCGUGAGUCAACCGGCUUCUCAAGUGUAGCGAGUCAAUGGUUUCAGCCCAGUCACCAAUGACUGCACAAAAUAACCCAAGCCAUUUUAAGUUUUGUAUUCCCCUGGUCUGGCUAAAUACCAGCUCUGAGAAACAAAAUAUUUGUUCAUGGUUUCGAUUUGUGCUCUCAUUCUUGGAUUCCAACAGCUCCUGGCUCCCACCAGCGGAAGCUACAAAGUCCAAUUAAACUUUUCCACUCUCAGCUAACAUAUGCAGGUGGACGAAUUGAUAACUGAAAUGCAAAGACAACUUGUGGUGAUAAUCCGCCACGACUGGGCAGCCAGCACCACACCAGUUCUCUCAGAAAGCUGCUCAGGCUGCCACCUCUUGUGGUGAUUAAGUCACGACCAUCACAUUCAAAAUUGUCAGUGGGUCUCUAUGCGAGUCUCUGGGUCUCUGUCCGAGUCUACUGGUCUCUCCGUGAGUCUACGGAUCUCUAUGCGAAUGGGUGUCCAUGCGAAUCCAUGGGCCUCUAGCGAUGAUGAUGAUGACGACGCCACUGCCAUCGGAGUCCAGUUUCUUGGUGAAUCUACCUGCACGUAUUAUCACCUCAGACUGGAAAUGCCGCGGCAGAGUUCGUAGUGUCUCCGAACUGGAGCCAUAGACUUGUCACUGCCUGGAGGCCGUGGUUUGUCGCAAUUGUGUUUUGAUUUACGUCUGGAAUUGUGACCUCCGAUAACAGCACGUGCCACCUUCGCAAUGCGGGUGACACGCAGCCCCCGUCUUAAAAUAAAGUUGCUGCUUCAUGAAUGUAUUCAAUAACACGUUAAGUAAAAAUUAUGACUGGAUUUAUUUUAAACUGUUUCUGAAAUAUAAAAUAAAGGUCUAGAUGUUUUGGCAAA